UGACACGUUACGCUGAGUGGACGCAGGAAAGCUUCAUUCACCGGAUAGAGCAGUGGCAGAGCUAGAUCGCGAAAAAAGGUUGUGCAGAAGACAAAACCAUGGAUGAAGAACCUGAAAAAACAAAGCGCUGGGAAGGGGGCUAUGAAAGAACAUGGGAAGUGUUGAAGGAGGAUGAAUCUGGAUCUCUCAAAGCCACAAUUGAUGAUAUUCUGUUCAAAGACAAAAGGAAACGAGUCUUUGAACAACGUGGUCAAGUGCGACUUGGAAUGAUGCGCCACCUUUAUGUGAUAGUCGAUGGAUCAAGGACGAUGGAAGAACACGAUCUGAAACCCAAUAGGCUCACGUCUACUUUAAAGCUGCUAGAAUACUUUGUGGAUGAAUACUUUGAUCAAAAUCCUAUCAGUCAGGUUGGCCUCAUUGUUACAAGGAACAAACGAGCAGAAAAACUGACAGAACUCGCUGGGAACCCCAGACAGCACAUAACUGCCCUGAAGAAAGCUGUAGAUAUGACCUGCACGGGUGAACCAUCCCUCUACAACUCGCUAAACCUAGCUCUGCAGACAUUGAAACACAUGCCGGCGCAUACGAGUCGAGAGAUCUUAGUGAUUUUCAGUAGUCUGACAACUUGUGAUCCUUCAAAUAUCUAUGAACUAAUAAAGUGUUUGAAAGCCAGCAAAAUCAGAGUGUCUGUCAUAGGCCUUUCUGCUGAAGUUCGAGUUUGCACUGUGCUGACAAAAGAGACUGGUGGUGUCUACCAUGUUAUUUUGGAUGAAAGUCAUUACAAAGAACUCCUUAUGUAUCAUGUGAGCCCUCCACCUGCAAAUAACAGCUCUGAGUGUUCUCUCAUCCGCAUGGGCUUUCCUCAGCAUACACUGGGUUUUCUCUCCGACCAAGACGCAAAACCAUCUUUUAGUAUGGCGCACCUUGAUAACAACACUGAUCCAGGCCUGACAUUAGGCGGUUACUUCUGUCCACAAUGUAAAGCCAAGUACUCUGAACUUCCCGUGGAAUGUAAAGUCUGCCGUUUAACCUUGGUGUCGGCCCCUCAUCUUGCUCGUUCCUACCAUCACUUAUUUCCACUAGAUGCAUUUAGUGAGGUUCCCCUGGAGGGGUAUGAAGGAGAAAGGUACUGUCGAGCCUGUGAUGGAGAUCUGAAAGAUCCAAAAGUUUACAUUUGCACAGUUUGCCAGAGCGUCUUCUGCGUAGAAUGUGACCUGUACGUUCAUGAUUCUCUUCACUGUUGUCCAGGAUGUAUCCAUGCGCGACCCAGUUCUGCGAUGUAAUGAAGGCUGCCUUUCCUGAAAUGUUCAUUCAAACUGGGGUUUAUUCGUUCGUGUACAUAAUGUAGAAUAUUUAGGAAGUAGACAAGAUUUAGAAAUAGAGCAAUCCUUGUUGAAAUCACAGGAAUGUUCCUGCUAAUCGCAACAGUUUCCCUGCUAAUUGCAUUGCUCUAAGAACCUCUGUGUCAGUGACAUGUUUGUAAAUCUCUCCCAUUAUAUAUUUUUUAAUUUACUAUUUUUAUAGCAAUUCUGUAAGGUGUGUUGGGGUAAAUUAACCAUGGGCUAAACUGACAUGGAGUCAGUUGCUAAUAAAAUUCCAGUUAUACAUUGUGUUGGCACUUUAUAGUGAGUCCUUGGAUCAGUCCCACAAUACCUGUACCCUCUAAACGUCAAUUUUAACAACCCAUGUUCUGCCACCUCGGUUUUCCUUUCUGGUGACCUGCUUCUAGGACACAAGAUCAAAGUUCCCAUAACUUGCAGCACAAGCCUAGCAUUAAACAUGCCUGUGGUGUGUAAAAUGAACUCAUGGCAUUGUACACUUUCAUGUAUUUUAGCAGUGCUCCGUGCAUGGUGAUCUUCCAGCAUUCCAGGUUAAUAUAGUCGCCAGAAGGGCCUUUACCAACUGCUUCCCCUUAACAUACCUCCAACACUGCUCUAUCCCUCAUGUGCUUUCCUGCCACCCACUGUUGGGAGGUAUAAAUGCCUAACAAGUGCAUAGACAUUUUACUUGUUACACUAGACAUUGUGUAAUUAAUUUGCAUGCUUGGUGUGCACACAGUCAUAUAUGAACUCCAAUGCACAGGCUAGGAAGCAAACAUCAUACUAGUAUAUGAUUUAUGUAUACAUUCUCUGGCAAUUUUUGCUAGCACAAUUAAUAUAUCAAAU